AUGAAUUAUGGAGAAAACAAAACGGCGGAAGGAAUCUACUUUAAACGAGUAGCCACAAUAAAUCAUAUCUUCGGUUCUUAUCUUGAUACUCAUCUCACUCCAUGGAAGAGAGCAAUCCCAGGCGCUUUUGAUUUGAGCUUCUCACAUCUACAAAACUGUGAAAUUCAUCUGUUCAACUGCUGGUUUGAUAAUUAUUCCCUUGGCCAUCCUGGACAGAGAUCAGACCUUCAAGUCGAUGGGUUAUAUGAGACUGCUGAAUUCAUCCGUGCCCUGAUCACUCAGAUGUUUCGAAUUUUAGGCGAGGGAGGCUACCAAAAGGUGAUUCUGUUGGGCAUAAGCUAA